GUCACUUCCUGACGUGUCCUCGUGCUGAAGUCUGUCUGACACAGCAGAGGUAAAGCCGGUAGCUGGAGCUGCUCUUUGGAGGUGAAAUAUCACACAAAAGUUCCACCAAGAUGUCCUUCAUGUCGUUUGAUGAGCACGAGGAGUCCAAGUUCCUCAGGAAGGCCAAGGAGAACCCGUUCGUCCCUGUCGGGAUGGCCGGGUUCUUUGCCAUCGUGGCACACAGGCUGUACAAGAUGAAGUACAGGGGCAGCAUGAAGAUGUCUGUGCACCUGAUCCACAUGCGUGUGGCGGCGCAGGGCUUCGUGGUGGGAGCCAUGACCUUAGGUGUGGUGUACUCCAUGUACAAGGACUACGUGCUGAAGCCGGCCGAAGCUCAGAGAGCGCUGGAAAACAAGUGAACAGAGGAACAUCGCGUAGACUCAUUUUAUUUUAGUUCUGUUAUUAUUAUUUUUUCAUUCUGGUGUACUGUAGAUACCUCACAUUCUUCUUAAAAUGUUACUUGGUUAUUUAUCUUUGAACAUAUAUAAUCUACAGAGUCUAUUUAUAUUUUAUAAUAUUUACAUUUCUAAAACCGCAGGAACAUACUUGCCUUGGUCAUCUUGAAGCUAACUUCAACAGUGUUUGUAAAUAGCGCUGUGUUCAGCGAGAUCCGUUUGUGACCUCACAAUACAGGCUCUGUGAUAUCUUAAAAUACGUUAAUUAUCAAACCUUUAUCUUUAUAUUUCUUAAAGAAAAAGAGCGCAGAAUCAUAGUCUACACAGAACCUUCAAGGAUUCUUUAUGAACAAAAUCAUGGUUGUUAAGCUGUUUGUACAGUUUUGGAGAAUCAGAAUGAGGUCUGUUACAAAGCUAGUCUUGUGAGGUCACAAAAUAUGGACAGAUAUGCUAAUAGAAAUGCUAUGAAUAAUAAUAGUGUAACCAUGUGAACUUUUAGGUACAGAACAUGCUCUAUGUUUUUUUGCUGUUGUUUUGGGGGUUUUUUUUGUUUUGUUUUGGGGUUUUUUUUGGUUUUUUUAAAAAAGAGCUUACUAAAGAAUAUUUUGGGUUCAUAAUGGUUCUUCCUAAAGAGGUCCUACUUGGAACCUUCUCUGUCAUAGGGUUCUACACAAUAAGAACAAACCAAAGAUAAACAGACCAUUGUUGUUAUUAUGGCUAAAUGUUUAUAGGAGUGGUUACUGUUAUGUAAAUUACUGGAUAUGGAUUUGGAGGGGGUGUCUAAUUUGCAUAAUCAUGCAUAUUUAAUGAGAAUUUAGUUGUAGAGAUGCUCCAGGUGAUGCCUGAUUUUCCACAUGGGCUAAAGUGUAAGUGUGUGUGUGUGUGUGUGUGUGUGUGUGUGUGUGUGUGUGUGUGUGUGUGUGUUUCACUGGCUCUGCCUUCAGAAACCACCAGCAUCCAUCUGCACAAAUGUUCCUCUAAAAACACAGCAUUUUAGAGUCGAGCUCAAGAGCAGCAAAACAUCAUAGUGCCAUAAAUGCUGGUUCUUAUUCACUGUUCCUGAAUGUGUGUGUGUUAUUGAGAUAAUUAUUUCUGAACACUGUGUUUCUAUCCUGUUGGUUUAUUAGAAACUAUAUUGUAAGGAUCCUGUACACAUCUUUGCCAAUAAAACAUGAAUCUGGAUGGAUAUAAA